AUCGACUCUCUCUCCAGCAGCAGGAUCGAUUACUCAGGCCUGAGUGCGGUGGAGAAUGGAAGUGAGCGCACGCGAUGUCGCUGUUUAAAGCCGCUUUUAUAAAUCUGUGAAGUUAGAGAGGAGAGAUUUGUGGCUUCUGCGGUGUUUGAAGCGCGUGUCUGCGGCUGGAUGCGCGCGGGGUUCCGGGUUACAGGGCAGAUGCUGGGCAGAUGAGCGGCAGCAGCAGCAGCAGCAGCAGCAGCAGGACUCACAAUAACAGGCGGCCUUUCUGCAGAAGCCCUGUGCUCCAGCAUGUAGACGCCUCCUCCUGUAGUCUUCGCCAAUGAAAAUGGAGGAGACGGCCCUGUCCGGCAUGGACAACAGCAAAAUGGAGGGCAUUGCUCAGGAGAUCCUCUCCGAUCUGGUGGAGGACGCAUGUCUGGGGCUUUGCUUCGAAGUUCACCGGGCCGUCAAGCAAGGCUACUUCUUCCUGGACGACACGGACCAGGAGAGCAUGAAGGACUUCGAAAUCGUGGACCAGCCCGGAGUGGACAUCUUCGGCCAGGUGUAUAACCAGUGGAAGAAUAAGGAGUGUGUGUGUCCCAACUGCAGCCGGAGCAUCGCCGCCUCGCGCUUCGCCCCUCACCUGGAGAAGUGCCUGGGCAUGGGUCGCAACAGCAGCCGCAUCGCCAACCGCAGGAUAGCCAGCGGCAACAACACCAACAAAUCCGAGAGCGAUCAGGAGGACAACGACGACGUUAACGACAACGACUGGUCCUAUGGCGCAGAAAAGAAAGCCAAGAAGAGAAAGGCAGAUAAGGUAUUUGUACGUUCUUUCAAACCUCCUGCUCUAUCGAAUCCAAAUUCUCCGAGACGAUCCAAAUCACUAAAACACAAAAACACCAAAGAUCUGUCUUCGUCCUUCAGCUUCGCUGGAUCCUAAGCAGCGCCCAGAGUGAAGUUGUUGCUAGGAGAUGGGUUUCCACAGCAACGUCGUCAAGAGCUACCCACAAUGCCAUGUGGUUCACCAUAAGGACGCAGCGAGGAACUAAUCGGCGUCGAUUCUCCAUUCAGUUUACACAACUGUUGUCGUGUUUGUUUGUUUGUUUUUUUUUUCUUUUCUGGAAUAUUUGCACAAUAAAUCAGUGUCCUUGUGUCGAUCGUGUAGCUGCGACCUUCAGCGGGACGUAAACGUGACGUUAACGAUCAGCAGGAAGAGUUCAGGGAGGACGGAAGGACACCAGCAGGCAGAAGUAGCUGAACGAAGAGUUACUGAUGUACUUUCGUUCCUACUCCUGCUGGAGAAGAGGCGCGAUCAAAAUCCAUCGUAAUGCUGCUUAUUUCACUUUUUUGGGGGUUUAAUCACAUUUUUUUGUGCAGAACCAAGAAGACUGAACUCUAUACAUUGUGCUUGAACUAUGAGCAAUUAUGAUCAUGUUAUUCUCCCAGAAACUGGACUAUUAUGGACAAUAUCUGGCAACUUGAAACACAUACAUAUUCCUCUUUCGAGAACGAAUGAAUGAAUUCUCACGUUUCUCCAAUUUUUUUUUCUUUUUUUUUUUCUUUUUCUUCAUCUCUGUGUAAUCGAUGUUUACAGUGUAAAGGAAUUAUGUCUUGGCUGUGUUGUGACUGUACACAUAUUUGACUCGUUGGGGAAAAUGCUGCUACACUGGCCAUGAGCCACAUGCUUACAGGCAUGUCACACACCUAAUAAACACGACUCAAUACGC